AUGGGGUCGUUUGUAAGAAGCACAGCACACAGGAAAGUAGAGCACCUGUCGACGGGGAUAGCCGGGCUCGACAUAAUACUUGGAGAAUGCCUCGGAAGAGGAACAUCUAUCCUUUUGCUGGAAGAUGAGAACUCUCAGAUCCACUCGACAAUACUGAAGGUUUUUCUUUCGGAAGGUGCCAGAAGCCAGGAAAGCAUGGCUGCUGCGACGAAGGAAGGUGGAGACAUGGAGGUGUAUGGCACUGGGACGCUUAUGGAGAAGGACAAUGGAGACAAGAUGGUAAUAGCAUGGAGAUACUCCACUCUGUCCUUGUCAAAGCCCAUAUUCAGAUUCAAUCUUUCGAAGAAAAAGAGGUUUGAAGGGAUCUUGCUUUCUGGAGAGGAGGCAACGCUGGAGGCCAUUCUGGACACUGCAAGGGAAAAAAGGGGACUGAGGAUGGCCUUAUUCUCACUUGGAUCACCGGCCUGGAGGUUCUCGGGAUGCGGAGAGAAGGAGCUGAUGAAGUUUCUCUUCGAGCUCAAGAGGCUUGUCCGAGCAAAUGACCAUGUGUGCAUGGUUUCCAUCCCCGCUUUCUUUAUGCCCCAUGCAAACUUCAGCCUGUACUUUGACAUGGUUGCUGGGCUUGAAUCGAAUCUGUUCAACCGCUUCUGCUCGAACUACAACGGGAUCCUGGAGCUCAGGAAGAUCAGAGGGCACGGGUGCCUCCGGACCAGCACCCUUGAAAGCCUGAAGUACGGAGUGAAGAUCAAGAAGGAAAACGUCUGUGUAGAGAAGAUCGAGAUGCCGCCCGAGGAUGCCAAGCCGCGUGAGAAGCCCUGGAUCCCAGACAGGUCCUUCUGA